CUUGUUACCAGAUCACUUUGCUGGGGGCGGGGCUGAGCCGCAGCCAAUAGGAGGUCGUGUUACAUUUGCUGCAGUAAGCCCCGCCCCCAGUGAGAGCUCGGUGAUUCGGGUCGGUCAGACAUCAUGCUGCAACUCAGGAAGAUAUUCAGCCUCUGCCGGCGGCCAGGGUGAGAACCCCCACCUACCUAAACAGGCAUUCCACCACUGCCCCCCCAAUACCUCCACCACUGCCCCCCAAUACCCCCCCAAAUACACCCCACCUACACAGGCAUUCCACCACUGUCCCCAAUACACCCCCAGUACCUCCACCAAUACCCCCUAUACACCCCACCUACACAGGCAUUCCACCACUGCCCCCAGUACCCCCAAUACACCCCCAGUACCUCCACCAAUACCCCCUAUACACCCCACCUACACAGGCAUUCCACCACUGCCCCCAUGCCUCCCCCAAUACACCCCACCUACACAGGCAUUUCCACCACUGCCCCCCAAUACCUCCACUGCCCCCCAAUACCUCCACCACUGCCCCCAACCACCUCCACCACUGCCCCCCAGCCACCCCCCCCUGCCCCCGCCCACCCCACCUACACAGGCAUUCCACCACUGCCCCAAUACCUCCACCACUGCCCCAAUACCUCCACCACUGCCCCCAAUACCUCCACCACUGCCCCAAUACUCCCCACACCCCAAUACACCCCACCUACACAGGCAUUCCACCACUGCCCCGUAUACCUCCACCACCUGCCCUAUACACCCCACCCCGUGUAUUAUACACCCCCAUUGCCCCCCCUAUACACCUCCUGUACCUCCACCACUGCCCCACAUCUCCCCUCUAAAUACCUCCCCCACUGUCUGCUGCCCCUAAUCUCCCUCUACAGCCUGCUGCCUCCCCCACUGCCCUAGUACCUCCACCACUGCCUGCUGCCCCUCUCAUUAUAGACCCCCGCUAUUAUUCCCCCACUACCUGUUGCCCUACUUCCCAGAGGUUUGAAGGUUUAAUUUGUCUAGGGUAAGAUGCCCUUCACUUGGGAUUGAAUGCUUUGAUAAGAUACCUUACAAGGUUUGAAAACCAAGAUAGCAGCAAAGUGCAGAGGCCCAUGAUAAACUGAUCUACUGAAUUCUCACUUACCUAGCAAUAUUAAUGGGAUUUAUUCACUUAACAUUUGAUGACUUGACUGAUGAGCAACUGAUUUAACUCCUGAACAAUCCCACAAUUGCAGGUUGGUCUCGUUAGUGCACAUACACACACAUUGAUAUCCUUCAGGACACACAGAUCUCACUGGUAACGUACAGCACUCACUCUCAGAAAGACUGAAAAUGUGGGUGACAGAAUUUCUCCAGUGUAACGUUUCACCCUUUAGUGAAGAAGGCUGUGAGAGUUUAACAGCUGUGUCACCUAUUGUAGAUCGUGUGUGCAGACAGGGCGGGCAAGGAUUUUACACAAACAGCAGGUUACAGGGUCACCAUGUAAUCGUUAACCAAACACUGGAUCUACGGCCAAUGUCCAGAUAAUAAGCAUUGUUAAAGUGUUACUUUUAGACUGCAAUGGCCGCAAAAAUCCCCAGCAACCCACUAAUCCUUCCAUACAGUAUAGGGGGGCCCAUGAAGACCCCAAACCAUCGCCUCUCUGUAGAAAGAUACUAAAUAAAAAGUUUAAAAAAAAAAACAGCCGUAUGGUUAUAUCAGAUCCAUCCAUGCUGGAUCAGUGAAACAAGAAUCCACAUGAUCAGUCCAUUUACCGUGAAAUCAGCAUUAUUUUUAUUAAAGGAAACCAGUGUCAUUCACUCAUUAGAAGAUCGCAUUUAGCGUAGCCUUGUUGUGAGAGUCUGUAAAAUAUAGAAGUUAAUGAUCUGUAGUGCAUCUCCUGGGUAACCCUAUCUCUUCCGCCAAGACAAAAUACAAACUUUGAAUUGAUGAAAUAAAAUAAAAAUAGGCUGUACUAUAACGACAUGAAAUACAGUAUAUGCCGUAACAGUCUACUAUUGCAAUUGGAUGCAUUUAUGGGGUAAUUUGCACCAUAGUCAAAAAGCUAAACUGACAAAACUGAAAUGGUGAGGUCUCUUCUAUGUGACUGACUUCACAGGAUAUUGACUGAGGGCAUGGGGAGAAGAUAAGGGGUAUUGUUUUACUUAACAGAAGUACAGUAAAACACCCCCUGCAAUACCUACAGUUUAUUGUCCUCCCCAGUUCUUUGCGAAGUUUCCAACAAGGGUAUAACCCAAGAUCCCAGUAACGUCUAACAUCCGAGGUUUUUCAUUUUCAGACUCCGGUGGCAUCACUGUGCGGCGGCGGAAGUAAAGAAUGAGCCAAUCUUGGAAUUUAAACAUGGCAGCACUGAGAGGGACGCGCUACAGAAGGUAACAUCCUUUCUUAAAUCUUGUUCUCUGCACAGUGAGGGAAUAUUGGGCAAUAUAUAGUACCCAGGACACUAAACAUUUGGUGUAAUAACUCACCAUUUUCAUAUUGUCAAAUACCAAAGGGAGGGGUGGGGGUGGGGGGAAUAAAUUAAAUAUUUGUUUUACAUAGUUUCUUAAAAUCAUAAUUGUUAUGAGUUUAAAGGUUUUGCACCCCCACAAGCCAAUAGGUAACUAAAAGAAUGCAAAUUUGUUUAAUUCCAAUUUAUUUUGUAAUUUACAUUGUAUAUCGGCCUGUCCUGGCACACCCAGGGCAUGCCAUGUAAAUUACUCCAACAAUGCCAUGCACACACUAGGAGCAGAAUACACGAGAACACAUACACCUGUACCAUGUUUCUCUGCACAGGCAGUGAACUUACUAGUAUUCCUGAAGGAUCAUGGAGCGAAUGUAUUUCUGAAUACAAAAUUCAUGCAGGGGUACAGUUGUAAUCAACAUUAUUAAAACCCCCAUUGAAAGUCGGCUUCAAUGUCAACAUUUACGGACUUUCAGCUUUUUGCAAAGAGCAAAGCAAACAGAAGCUACGGCAGUAUAGCUCAACACAUGCAAUGCUUCUAGUGGUUUCCCCAAAGUCAACUGUAAAUGCCACUUGUAAUUUCGAUAGCGUGUUAGAUUUGUUCGUUGCAAACAGCUGAAAGUCGAAAUUUUGACAACAAACCUGAUCUUCAACAGGGGUUGAAUACUUUGAUUACAACUGUAGGUGUCUUUCUACUUACCUUUGUUGCUAAUCAUUUGCUUAGUGAGGGGAUAAAGAAAUGGCUCAUUUAGUGAAGGGGCAGUAAAAGUUUUGUUGGGCGAGUAAUUGGGACCAUUGAUUCACCAGGGUCUAUGCCCUCCCUCCCCUCCCCCUUUUGUAGUUUCCCCUAGAGCAGUUUUGUGAACUUUAUUUCCCAUAGUGCUCAGCAAGUUGUUCAUGGAGUUUGCAGAGCAAAGCUUUGCCGAGAUCACCAAGCCAAUCUUGCUGUGCUGAACCGAUCUCAUAGGCAGUGCUUUGUUGGCACAGCAAGGGAUUCUGGGAGCAGUAGUUCUACUGUAGAAAGCAGUGAGAGCUGGACUGUCCCUUUAAGUAGUAGCAGUGUAAAUGGUUGGAGAUGUGAAAUUAUUUUGUAUUCCGCUACUGAGACCAGAAUUGGGGCUUUAUGUUUUUUGUGUCAGGCGCUGCAUGAACUUAAAGACAAGAUGGAAGAAAUCCCAUGCGUUGUAGGAGGAGAAGCAGUGUGGACGAAGGACGUGAGAUUCCAAGUCUCGGUGAGAUUUUGGGGUUCUACAAAGAACGCUGGUUUAAUUUACUAAAAGUGGCGCAGUCGGCAGAACAUUCUGUUGGUUUCCAUGGUAUCUGCUGUAGGAUUUGCUUUGUGUGUCCCCUGUGGAGUUUAGAGGGUCAGGAAUAUGGUUUACAAGAUGUAAUAUCACUGGCUGCCCUCAGAGACACCGGCUCAUUGUGGUGGGUUAACAGUUACUCUCCCCCUAGCAUGGAACACGCAGUCUGCCAUCAUAAGGAUGCACAGCCAUCUGCUUAAAUUCAGGUGUAAUCCCUUUAUCCCUCCUCCUAAAUCGGUGUAGACAAAGAAAUGAAAAAGCAAAAAGAGGGGGAACCGUAUUUUGCAAUAAAAGUAAAAAAAAAUAAAAUAAAAAAUCAGUCAAAUCCAGAAGCCAGUGUUUGGUUAUUAAGUAUGUGGAUAUAACCAGGGAGGUCAGUUUCUGCACACACUGCAGGGGCUGCAAGGGUUAAUGUUGAAUAUCCCUAAGUGCACUAAAGGUAAGCGUGAUAGAGAAUGGACUUUAAGGGUUAAUGCCAUAGAAAUGACAGCAGUAACAUAACUAAUCUCAUUAAGAAUCAGAUCAGGUUUUUAUUUUAACAUCUGUCUGUCAUUCACUGUCUGCGACCCGGUCUUUAAAUGGAAUCAGAUGAUUUAUUGUUCUUUGCAUUUCAGCCAUUCAAGCACUCGCACAAAGUAGCCAAAUAUUGUUACGCAGAUGAGGUGAGUAAUUUAUAUAAUUUCAUGAAAUUACAAUUCCUUUACUGCCUUAGCCUUAUACACAUCCUGAGCAUUCUAUUACACGUGAGUUUACAGAGGAAGAGGUUCUAUUUCAACUGUCAAAAGUAAAGACAAAUAAGUCAAUGGGACCGGAUGGAAUGCACCCAAAGUUAUUAAAAGAGCUUAGUGGUGUACUAGCAAAACCAUUAACAGAUUUAUUUAACCAAUCAUUGUUAACAGGAGUAUUCCCAGAAGAUUGGAAGUUAGCGAAUGUUGUGCCCAUUCACAAGAAAGGUAAUAGGGAGGAGUCGGGCAACUAUAGGCCAGUAAGCCUUACUUCAGUAGUGGGGAAAGUGAUGGAAACCAUGUUAAAGGAUAGGAUUGAUAAACAUCUAAAAACAUAUGGAUUUCAAGAUCAGACACAACAUGGGUUUACUUCAGGGAGAUCAUGCCAGGUCUAGCUGACUGCCUCAAUGAAUAUUUUUGUUCAGUAUUUACAGAUGAAAAUGAAGGAAAGGGGCCUCAGUUAGGAAAAAAGGAUAAAUUAGUCAUUUAUUACACGUGAGUUUACAGAGGAAGAGGUUCUAUUUCAACUGUCAAAAGUAAAGACAAAUAAGUCAAUGGGACCGGAUGGAAUGCACCCAAAGUUAUUAAGAGCUUAGUGGCAGACUAGCAAAACCAUUAACAGAUUUAUUUAAAGGGAAACUAUAGUGCCAGGAAAACAAAAUUUUCCAGGCACUGUAGCUUCCUCUUCUGUCAAGGCCCCCUCCCGCAGAACUGAAUUAGGUUAAUAACCCCUUCAGUCCCUUGCCCUGAUCCAGCGCCGAUGUCCCUCGGCGCUGACUCUGCCCCGCCCACGCUCCUCCCCCACCGUCAGGGGAGACCUAGUGUGUAAUGCGUGGCAAUGGCCGCUCUUGUAUUAGGAUCUCCCCAUAGAAAAGCAUUAAAUUCUUUCCUAUGGGGAUUCUGGCAAAGCUAGAGGUCCUUAUUGUACCCCAACCCAGACCUCAUAGACCACCAACAGUCCAGGUUUUGUCAGUAUCUCCAUUGGAAUAAAACAGAGAAAUACAUAAAUCCUGGACUGGUGGUGGUCCACGAGGACUGGGUUGGGGAACACUGGUUUAAACUACCAGAAGUCGUCUAAGAACCCAGAAGUCCCUCUAGUGGCUGUCUGAUAAGGACUUAACCCUGCAAGGUAAUUAUUGCAGUUUUUAUAAACUGCAAUAAUGACAUGUUAAGGGUGAUGGGAGUUGGCACCCGGACCGCUUUCAUGGGCUGAAGUGGUCUGGGUGCCUACAGUGUCCCUUCAACCAUCAUUAACGGGAGUAGUCCAAGAAAAUUGGAAAUUGGCAAAUGUUGUGCCCAUUCACAAGAAAAGUAAUAGUGAGGAGUCAGGCAACUAUAGGCCAAAAAGUCUUUCUGCAGUAGUGGGGAAAGUGAUGGAAACCAUGUUAAAGGAUAGGAUUGUUGAACAUUUAAAAAUCAAAUGGAUUUCAAGAUCAGAGACAACAUGGGUUUACUCAGGGAGAUCAUGCCAAACUAACCGUAUUGAUUUUUUUUUUUUUUGAUUGGGUAACUAAAAUUAUAGAUCAGGGUGGUGCGGUAGACAUUGCAUUUAUCAAUUAACUGCAAUCUUUAAGUUUGGAUUCCAAUAUUGUUGAAUGGGUAAGGCAGUGGCUGAGUAACAGGCAACAGAGGGUUGUAGUUAAUGGAAUAUAUUCGAAGCUUGGACUUGUCACCAGUGGGGUAACUCAGGGAUCUGUACUUGGACCCAUUCUCUUUAAUAUUUUUAUUAGUGAUAUUGCAGAAGGUCUUGAUGGUAAGGUAUGUCUUUUUGCUGAUGAUACUAAGAUAUGUAACAGGGUUGAUGUUCCAGGAGGGAUAAGCCAAAUGACAAAUGAUUUAGGUAAACUAGAAAAAUGGUCAGAAUUGUGGCAACUGACAUUUAAUGUGGAUAAGUGCAAGAUAAUGCAUCUUGGACGUAAAAACCCAAGGGCAGAGUACAGAAUAUUUGAUAGUCCUAACCUCAACAUAAGAGGAAAGGGAUUUAGGGGUGAUUAUUUCUGAUGACUUAAAGGUAGGCAGACAAUGUAAUAGAGCAGCAGGAAAUGCUAGCAGAAUGCUUGGUUGUAUAGGGAGAGGUAUUAGCAGUAGAAAGAGUGAGGUGCUCAUGCCAUUGUACAGAACACUGGUGAGACCUCACUUGGAGUAUUGUACACAGUACUGGAGACCGUAUCUUCAGAAGUCUAUUGAUACCUUAGAGAGGGUUCAGAGAAAGGCUACUAAACUGGUUCAUGGAUUGCGGGAUAAAACUUACCAGGAAAGGUUAAAGAAUCUUAACAUGUAUAGCUUGGAGGAAAGACGAGACAGGGGGGAUAGGAUAGAAACAUUUAAAUACAUAAAGGAGGAGACUAUUUAAAAGAAGAAAAACUACCACUACAAGAGGACAGUGUCUUAAAUUAGAGGGACAAAAGGUUUAAAAAUAAUAUCAGGAAGUAUUACUUUACUGAGAGGGUAGUGGAUGCAUGGAAUAGCCUUCCAGCUGACGUGGUAGAGGUUAACACAGUAAAGGAGUUUAAGCAUGCGUGGGAUAGGCAUAAGGCUAUCCUAACUAUAAGAUAAUGCCAGGGACUAAUUAAAGUAUUUAGAAAAUUAGGCCAAAUGGUUCUUAUCUGCCGUCACAUUCUAGGUUUCAAUUCCUUUACUGUUUUAUCCUUCUACACAUCCUGAGCAUUCUUCAAUUCCAAAACGGAGGUAGAGUUAUAUAUCCUGAGUUCUUUAUUGCUGCACCAGAGGUGUUAAGUGUGUGUUUUGUUACAGGAUCUGCUUAAUAAGGCCAUUGAUUCAGCUCUCUCUGCACGCAAAGAGUGGGACCUUAGACCAGCAGAAGACAGAGCUCAAAUUUUCUUUAAAGCCGCAGAUCUGUUGAGUGGCCCUCAAAGAGCUGAGAUUUUAGCCAAAACCAUGGUCGGACAGGUACGUCUCUCCAUAGAUCCUGAGGACAUUUAAUCUUGAUAAAAUAACAGUCCUGCAGUGGCAUGUAAAUACAGCUUAGUCUAAGAGUAAGAGGAAAAUAUAUAAAAUAAAUAAAAAUUACAAAGUGAUGCAUUGUACAUUUUUCUGUAUGCAGGCAAAGAAUGCCCUCUUUUAUGCACACACAUUAGUGAAAAUUGCAUUUUGAUUGAGGAGCCGUCAACUGGUUCAUAUCGCAUGCAUUGGUUACUUUCGCUAUAAUGAGGUUAACUGGAAAAUGUUCUUCUAGUGUUCUUACAGCUGUGACAUUUAUAAAACCGGUUUAAAAAUAAAUAAAUAAAACCCACCACACACACACACACACACUUUUUUUAUGGUUAAUUCCGCCAAAGGAGGCGACAAAUUUCAGGGACAAAGUGAAGUUAUUAGCCGACUGGUCUCAAUAGUGACUGCUCCACUCCAUUUUUAUACAUUACAUAUUUACCAAAAUAAACAUGCUACCGCCCAACACAAGCAUCCUUAGAGGGAUACUGUAGGCACCCAGACCACUUCAGCUCAUUGAUGUAGUCUGGGUGCAGUGACCUGUCCUCUUAUCCCUACAAAGAUAAUUGCAGAGAUAAGACUGCCUCUAGUGGCAGUCAGACAGCUUGUUUACUGGAUGACUUUUGGUCGCCUGACGCUGGACAUUCGCACGCUCUGCCGGAGGACAUUCAGCAUCAUGCUGCAAUGCGUCCCUAUAAGGGAGGUCGAAUGUGCCGCGCAUGCACAUUAGCACCCCCCAUUAUAUGACGUCAAAAGGGAUGGAGCCCCAGCUUAGCACUGAGGGAGACUGGUGCUGGAAUCAGGUAAGUACAGUAAGGGUUUAUUAACCUCUACGGUGGUGGGGGGGAGGGGGGGGGCAAUAGGGCUAGGAAUACAGGUUUGAAGUUAUUGUAUCCUGAGUGUUUAUUUAAAACUCUUUAAUCAGCUUUAACAGUUUAUUUCUCUCCCAAUAAAAUUUGAAUGCAGUUACUGACAGCACCUUUCAUGCAUUGCCCCUCAGUAUAUAGAAGUAAUGGUCUGGUAAAAUAUUGGACAUCCUUACAGAGUACGUGGGAACUGCAUAUACACAGCGCCAUCUAGUGGCCACUUUCUGUAAUCACUGGAUAGCUUAUUGCUAUUUAAGUGCUGGAUAGCUUAUUGCUAUUAUGGUGACCAAACCAGCUUUAUUCAUGAUCUCUAUUAAAAUGUAUUCUUUAAAUAAAGACUACAAGCCACUUUUUGUUUUGGAAAUCUGCAUAGUUUUAUAUAAAAUGUCUAUAAAUAGGUUUGUGGCAUUAACCAUUUAUAGAUGAAAAGGAAGCUGCUCCUGUGUAUUUGGCUGUAGAGUUUGGCUAGGGAGUCUGUUUUACAGCAGAUUUAAUCUAAAUAGGUUUUGCCACAGGGAAGACACAUUACAAACAAAUGCCAUCAGAUAUCUUACCUGCAUGCUGACACCCCCAGCCCCUCAUUGCAGGUACAAGCAGAGCUCACUCCCAGAUCAUUAACAGCCCACAUUGUGAUUCUACCCAGAUUAUCAGCCAGUAUUUACUAACCAGGUUAGGGGCAGGAUCGUCCUCCCAGAAACAGGUGCUCAGUCCUGGGGCAAUUAACCAGGAUCAGUCAGUUUGCUGCUAAUUAACCAGGAUCAGACAGUUUGCUGCUAAUUAACCAGGAUCAGUCAGUUUGCUGCUAAUUAACCAGGAUCAGACAGUUUGCUGCUAAUUAACCAGGAUCAGACAGUUUGCUGCUAAUGUUAGAGUGGCAGCAAUCUGAGACAUUUCAGAGGCAAAUUUAAUUUAUCAUUUAAAUAGCCCCAAAUGUAAACCUGUCUAAAUGUUGCUGAAUUGGCUUUUAAUUGAGCCAAAAUAGCUCAGUUAAUCAGAAAGGUACUGAAUGAUUUCCAAAUGUGUUCUGCAUUAAAUAAAAAACUAAAGGCAAUAUGUUAAAAAUAAAUUGAGCCAAACAAAUUAAAUGGGAACAAGGUGCCCUGAUGUCCAUACAAUCACUAUAUAUUUAUAUUGUUCCAUUAUUGUUUUAUAUAUUACUGGUUUACAUGACAUUUCCAAUAUUACACUCAUAUUACAGACCCCCUCUGCCCAGACUCCUUCCCACCCUGAUAAACAGACCCCGUCACCUCCUCUGCCCAGACUCCUUCCCACCCUGAUAAACAGACCCCGUCACCCCCUCUGCCCAGACUCCUUCCUACCCUGAUAAACAGACCCCCUCUGCCCCUCAGAUGCCUUCCCACCCUGAUAAACAGACCCCGUCACCCGCUCUGCCCAGACUCCUUCCCACCCUGAUAAACAGACCCCAUCACCCCUUCUGCCCCCAGAUGCCUUCCCACCCUGAUAAACAGAUCCCGUCACCCCCUCUGCCCCCAAACGCCUUCCCACCCUGAUAAACAGACCCCGUCAGCCCCUCUGCCCCCAGACGCCUUCCCACCCUGAUAAACAAACCCUUUCACCCCCUCUGCCCAGACUCCUUCCCACCCUGAUAAACAGACCCCGUCAGCCCCUCUACCCCCAGUCGCCUUCCCCCCCUGAUAACCAGACCCUUUCACCCACUCUUCCCGCACAUGCCUUCCCACCCUGAUAGACAGACCCCUUCUGCCCAGACGCCUUCCCACCCUGAUAAACAGACUCCAUCACCACCUGUGCCCCCAGACACCUUCCCACCCUGAUAAACAGACUCCGUCACCCCCUAUGCCCCCAGACACCUUCCCACCCUGAUAAACAGACUCCGUCACCCCUUAUGCCCCCAGACACCUACCCACCCUGAUAAAGACUCCGUCACCCCCUAUGCCCCCAGACUCCUUCCCACCCUGAUAAACAGACCCUUUCACCCACUCUUCCCCCACAUGCCUUCCCACCCUUAUAAACAGACUCAGUUACCUCCUCUGCCCGAGACGCCUUCCCACCCUGAUACAGAUCCCCUCUGCCCCAGACGCCUUCCCACCCUGAUGAACAGACCCCCUCUGCCCCAGACACUUUCCCACCCUGAUACAGACCCCUUCACCCCCUCUGCCCCAGACGCCCUCCCACCCUGAUGCGCUUAGUCCCGUUACCCUCUGCUCCAAGACGCCUUCCUACCCUGAUAAACAGACCCUUUCCGCCCUCUUCCCCACAUGCCUUCCCACCCUUAUAAACAGACUCUCGGUGCCUCCUCCUGCCCGGGCAUGGCUUCCCGCCCCUGGUCACUGGAGUCCUCUGCCCCAGGCGGCCCUUCCACCCUGAUGAACAGACCCCCUCUGCCCCAGACGCUUUCCCACCCUGAGUACAGGCCCCAGCUGCCCCCUCUGCCCCAGGCAGCCUUCCCACCUGAUAAGCGAAUCCAGUACCCUCUGCCCCCAGACUCCUUCCCACCCUGAUAAACAGACCCUUUCACCCACUCUUCCCCCACAUGCCUUCCCACCCUUAUAAACAGACUCAGUUACCUCCUCUGCCCGAGACGCCUUCCCACCCUGAUACAGAUCCCCUCUGCCCCAGACGCCUUCCCACCCUGAUGAACAGACCCCCUCUGCCCCAGACACUUUCCCACCCUGAUACAGACCCCUUCACCCCCUCUGCCCCAGACGCCUUCCCACCCUGAUAAACGAAUCCCGUUACCCCUCUGCUCCAAGACACCUUCCUACCCUGAUAAACAGACCCUUUCACCCACUCUUCCCCCACAUGCCUUCCCACCCUUAUAAACAGACUCAGUUACCUCCUCUGCCCCGAGACGCCUUCCCACCCUGAUACAGAUCCCCUCUGCCCCAGACGCCUUCCCACCCUGAUGAACAGACCCCCUCUGCCCCAGACACUUUCCCACCCUGAUACAGACCCCUUCACCCCCUCUGCCCCAGACGCCUUCCCACCCUGAUAAACGAAUCCCAUUACCCCUCUGCUCCAAGACACCUUCCUACCCUGAUAAACAGACCCUUUCACCCACUCUUCCCCCACAUGCCUUCCCACCCUUAUAAACAGACUCAGUUACCUCCUCUGCCCCGAGACGCCUUCCCACCCUGAUACAGAUCCCCUCUGCCCCAGACGCCUUCCCACCCUGAUGAACAGACCCCCUCUGCCCCAGACACUUUCCCACCCUGAUACAGACCCCUUCACCCCCUCUGCCCCAGACACUUUCCCACCCUGAUACAGACCCCUUCACCCCCUCUGCCCCAGACGCCUUCCCACCCUGAUAAACGAAUCCCGUCACCCCUCUGCUCCAAGACACCUUCCCACCCUGAUAAACAGACCCUUUCACCCCAUCUUCCACAGACGCUUUCCCACCCUGAUAAACAGACCCUUUCACCCCUUACUUAACUCCCUGUAUUUUAUUUUAGGGGAAGACAGUUGUUCAGGCUGAAAUCGAUGCUGCUGCUGAGUUAAUUGACUUCUUCCGAUUCAAUGCCAAGUAUUCGCUGGAUCUCCAACACGAGCAGCCCAUCAGCGUGCCUGUCAGCACCAACACGUUGGUUUACCGCGGCUUGGAGGUAUGAGAUGCCAGAUGCCCUGUGAUCCGAAAAAUAAAUUCACAGCAUUACUGAAUUCAGCGUCUUCAUAGUUCCUAUAACUACAGCGACAUCAACUGUACGUCAUCAUUUAGAAAAUGGUGGCUGUGCAGUAUGUGGAGUCUCAUGUUCAACACUACUAGCUAGGUCUAAAAGUCACUAGCCACUGCAAAAAAUGUAACCCCAGUGAACAGAGAGACGCAGCACGUACAGCCGCCCCCAAUUACUCUGGCGUUACCCCACAGUUCCUGGCGUGUGAUUGCAGCCUCCCCUGGAACUCACAUUUCUGGACUUUUACCUCCAUGAUAGUCAGAAACCAAUAACAUGGAGCUCAUUCCUUAGCUACACAUUGUGAGCAGUCUGGCAUAAAAUUAUAAUGAUGGAGUUGAGGAUUUAAACGUCGAUAAGAGUGAAUUAUCUGCUGACAGCCGCUGUUACAGUAAGUUGCUAGCCAUCAUCACAGGCAGUGGGAGUCCAGGGCACAUAGGGCACUUGCCAGGGCUAAUGAUCCCUGUAGAUUGUAUAUGCCCCUGGAUUCCUGAAUGAUUAGUUGUCUGACUUCUUUUCGGCCUGCAUUUUAAAGCUGUAUUGUGCAGGGCAGCACUGAGUAUCCAGGAACACAAGAUGGAUGUGAGAUAAGCGGCGGUAAAAUCACAGCUGAACGUCUGUGUAGAUUGGCAUCAAGAAACUAGAAUGUGUUUGAGAUUAGUGUGAGGAACGUGACUUCUUAAAGGAACAUGUCAGGAAUACAAACAUGUAUUCCUGACACCAUAGUGCUGAUGUGGCUGUUUACGUCCAUGGCCCCUCCUGUCAGAUCUAAGCUAAGCUUGAAGACGUCGAAUGUGAGUCCUGUGCAUCAGGCAGGACUUGACUCGGAAGUCCCUCUUGUGGCCGUCUGAGUGACUGCCACUGUAGGUGUUCCUAGGUUAUAAUGUAAACACUUUAUUUUCAGAGAAAGUUUACAUGAAAAGGCUGUAGGGAGCUAUUGUUCUCACCUGAACAACCUCAUUAAGUUUAUCAGGUGACUAUAGUGUCCCUUUAAGCUGUAUACUGUAUGUUAAACUGUAUACCGUACUUUAAGCUAUAUACUAUACAUUAAGGUGUACAUUAGCUGCAUACUAUUAGGGAUCGACCGAUUAUCGGUCUGGCCGAUAUUCGGUAUUUUCGGAAAAUAGAGAUACCGAUAUUGCCGAUAAUACAUACCAGGAUUAGCUGCAUACUAUUAGGGAUCGACCGAUUAUCGGUCUGGCCGAUAUUCGGUAUUUUCGGAAAAUAGAGAUACCGAUAUUGCCGAUAAUACAUACCAGGACCGCCGGGCCCAUAAUAAGCCCUGGGAGGCCCAGCAAGCACUUACUUACCUUCCCAGCAGCUCCCUUCAGCUUCCCAGUGUAAAUCUCGCAAGUCCCGCGGCCGUCAGAGCGUUGCCAAGGGUUACCAUGGCAACGCCGCGCAGCACGCUGGCCCAAGAUUUACACUUGGGAGCUGCUGGGAAGGUUAGGAAGAGCUAGCUGCAGGCCCCCACUGCACAGUCCAUGCCACUGGACCACCAGGGAAUGCUUCCCCCCCCUCCCUGGCCAAGUAAGAAGCAGGGAGGGGGGAAAAAAUACAAAAAAAUUAAUAUUUAAAAAAAAUUAUAUAAAAAAUGCCUCCCCUUCCCUCCCAUUUUACACAAAUUACAUACCUACAGAAACACACACACACUUUGCAUUAUAAACACACACUACACAAACACACUGCAUUCACUAUACACAAACUACACAAAUACACUGCAUUCACUAUACACACACACUGCAAUCACUAUAUACACACACACACUAAACAAACACACACUCUGCAUUCAUUAUAUACACACACUACACAAACACACACUAGACACUUUGCAUUCAUUAUCUACACACUGCACACACACACUGCAUUCACUUUAUGCACACUACACACACUGCAAUCACUAUACACACACUUUGCAUUAUAAACACACACUACACAAACACACUGCAUUCACUAUACACACACUACACAAAUACACUGCAUUCACUAUACACACACUGCAAUCACUAUAUACACACACACACUAAACAAACACACACUCUGCAUUCAUUAUAUACACACACUACACAAACACACACUAGACACUUUGCAUUCAUUAUCUACACACUGCACACACACACUGCAUUCACUUUAUGCACACUACACACACUGCAAUCACUAUACACACACUUUGCAUUAUAAACACACACUACACAAACACACUGCAUUCACUAUACACACACUACACAAAUACACUGCAUUCACUAUACACACACUGCAAUCACUAUAUACACACACACACUAAACAAACACACACUCUGCAUUCAUUAUAUACACACACUACACAAACACACACUAGACACUUUGCAUUCAUUAUCUACACACUACACACACACACUGCAUUCACUUUAUGCACACUACACACACUGCAAUCACUAUACACACACUCUGCAUUCAAAAUACACACUACACAAACACACUCUGCAUUUAUUAUAUACACACUACACAAAUACACACUGCAUCCACUACACACAAACACACACAGCUCCUCUGUCUAAACACACUGCAUGCACUACAUGUGGCAUGUAUAUUUUGUGCAUUUACCUUUAGAAAUAGUUUAUUUUUUUCAAAAUGGUAAAUGUACAGAAUAUCGGCAAGUUAUCGGCCUGAAAGUUCACAGAUUAUUGGUAUCGGCUCUAAAAAAAAUCAAUAUCGGUCGAUCCCUACAUACUAUACAUUAAGCUGUAUACCGUACAUUAAGCUGUAUACUGUCAUUAAGCUGUAGUUGGUUCUGAUGACUAUAGUGUCCCUUUAACUAGGGCCAGUGUGGAGAGCGUAUAAUAUAAGAUUGCAUUAAACUCUCUCCUACUCUGCAAUAUUUCUUUUCACCUUCACUCAGACACGCGCAUGACUUUUAACCUUUAUCAUUCCCAGGGUUUUGUAGCCGCGGUUUCACCGUUUAACUUUACGGCCAUCGGAGGUAACCUGGCUGGAGCUCCAGCACUGAUGGUAAGAGUUAAUCCUUUCCUAUCACGAUACAAGUUUAUUUAUUUAGUAAAUCUGUCUGCAUGGUGUGUUACAAGUCUGAGAUCAGAACACAGUGUGCGCCAAGCCUCGCUCCCAGCAGACACAGCGUGUACUGACACAGCAAAGGGGUGAGAAGCAAUCGUACUGGGAGGAGAUUUUGGUAAAGUAUGUGAGAGGGAUGGGUUAGGAUAGAGAAAUGGGGAGAAAGGAAAGCAUGAAUUAACAAGUAAGAAAAACAAGUGUAUAUUUAUAUUAUUCAGUAUUAAGAAUUAGCCAUAAUAAUAUUUAGAUUUCAUUUAGUGUAGGUUCUGUAGGUGUAAAUGUAUAUAUAUAUAAUGCACAAAUUGCAACAAUGUGUAAGUGACAAUGUUCCUUUAAAGAGAAAAAAAACAACAGAAGGAGUAAGCAGCACAGUCACUACCGUAGAAACUGGGAACUACAUCUCCCAUGAUGCUUUGCAGCUGGUAGAAAAAUGUCUCCAUCAACUAUGGAACGUUUGUAACAUUUAAAAAAAAAAGAAUGUGAGUCACUUAAAACACCUAUCAAGUUAAAAAUAAAGAUCUGCUCCAAACCAAACGAGUGUUAGACUGUGCCAGUCUCUGCCUGUAAUCCCCGGUUACCCUGUGGUAUGGCACCCACUCUCUCUCUGGAUGGAUAGCAGAGUGCGCUACUUCAUAUUGUGUUCUCUAAUUCCAACACAAUGUCCUGUUAUUUGUACCCAUUUUAUCCAUUUUUAAUCUCUGUCAUGUUUUUGCAAUUCUUUCAUAAGAAGAAAAUCCCUUCCGCAGAAGAUAAGUAUAGGCUGCCGCUCAGGAUAAACGCUAGCUAGUAAUUAAACUCAGGUGUUCUCUUUGAAGUGCGUGGUGAGCUGAGCUGUCACUCCGUUAAAGAUGCUGACUAUGAGAGACACAGUGUACCUGCAGGUGCAACACAUCACCUCCCUCCCGCCCUGUGUCAUGCAAUUCUGUAAUUACACCUGGUCCUCACAGGUAUGAAGAUAACCGGUUUCACUGUAAAAAGGUGCUAUAAUAGCUUUAGUAUGCGUGCAAGAUUCUUGUCUACUCCUCUGCGAAAUAUUGGGCAAAGUUCAAAACGUGGAGCAGGUGCCAUGGAAAUGUUUCUGCUGAUUGCUCCUCAUUGAGAAUGCUGCCCCGGAAUUACUCUUUCUAUAGAACUUCCAGUUUUGAUGUUUUGUGAUGGAAUUCCUGUUUAUUUCUUCCUCCUAUUUUAGGGAAACGUGGUUUUGUGGAAGCCCAGUGAUACUGCCAUAUUGUCGAGUUACGCUGUAUAUAAAGUUUUACUGGACGCCGGCCUGCCCCCCAAUAUCAUACAGUUUGUCCCUGCUGAUGGUCCUGUUUUUGGAAACACCAUUACCACUUCAGAACACCUCUGUGGAAUUAACUUCACUGGCAGCGUGCCGUAAGUACCCCAAAAUGGCUGCAGCCAGGCGCCAUGCUGCGGAGCGGCACAACAACCAUCUUCCUGCUAAAUACAGACAAAGGAAUCGCCCCUUCUAUGCCUGAAAUUCUACACACAGCUUUAUCUGGCACUUCAUCCAUCUCAUUGAUUACACGUAUUAUAUAUUCUAAGGGAAAGCAUGCAUGCCUUUAAUUAUGCAUUUUUACAUUGGGGGUAUAUCUCUUUCUAACCCCGCCCAGACUUUCUGUGCCUGUCCAAUCACAGACUUCCCAAUGCAGCUCAAUGAGACGUCUUUGCAAUUGCUGCCUCUUGAGUUUAGCGCAAACAAGCUUAACAUCCAGGAAGUAGCAGGACUGGGUGUCUGACAGCCGGGAGGGAGGGGAAGAAGGUUAAUUUAUAAAAGUUUAAUUUAAAAGCUGGACUUUUUUUAAAAUUCAAAAAAUAAUACACUCUUCACAUAUAAAGCACCUCAGCAAGAAAAACUGAUUUAGGGAUCUGGAGUGUACCUUUAAUUUUAUUCUCCAAAUCCAGUUGUUCAGUCAAGUUGAUUCAGGUGAAGGCAAAGCUGCCAAAACAGAAACGUUCAGGUGGUUUCAGUCCUGUGAAAGAAUAGAUAUAAAAAAGAUUCAUUUUUAAAUAAAUUAUAUAUUGCAUAAACCAGAAUUGCACUAUUUAGGCCCAAACAGUUGAUAUAGAAAAUUUGGGUGUAGUCGCAUGUUAUUACAGUUUGGUUUCAGUUCACGGUUUAAUAAAUCCAGUCUGCCUGUUACUGCAAUACCAGUUACUAACACAUUACUUUCUGAACCUAGAACCUUUAAAAACCUCUGGAAACAGGUGGGAGAAAAUCUAGAUCGCUACCGGACAUUCCCACGUCUAUCAGGAGGUGAGAACCCCUUCCUUGUACUGUAUAUAGAUAUUUAAAAUGCAAACACCCCAAGACUGGCGACUAUUACGCAAUAUAAAUUGCUUGUCACAGUCUGUGGUUAGGGGACAGUACAGCUGGAAAACAUGCAGAUUAAUGGCCAAAGGAGACGGACGAUAUAAUUUAAGAAUGGAGAUAAGAACAUUAUUCCUUUUUUGUGAAUUGGUUUUAGGAUUGAAAUUGGUGAUUGCUGUUUAACUGUAGGAUUUAAGAGUUUGUUUAUAUGUAUCAUUUUAUAUUGUACAGUAGGGGAGGUUGUCGCGCCUUUAAUAUUUUGAGGUGGCGUAUUUAACUUUGUUCAAAUGUCUUAUCUAAAAAAAUUAUGUCAGAAAUAGCCCAAUUUGCUCAAUCUUUGAACUGUGAUCUUUCAGCCUAAAUAUUAUAAGUUGGUUUUGAAUUAACCUUAUGUUUGGUGUUUUGCGGUGUUAGGGACUUUUAUUUAGGGUGGGUACUGUUUGGCCUGUUCUCAACCUUUAAAUUAUUUUAAAUUAAUGGUACAUUGUUGUACGGCUGAAGAUUAAGGAGACAACAUCUCCCCCUAUUAACCAGUGUUAUUAUUUGACAUGUCUCACAUUCUGUGCCACACUAUGCACCUCCUUCUGACAGUAAUGUUACAUCAUUUCAUUUAUUUCUUUUACAGAAUGCGGCGGCAAAAAUUUCCACUUUGUGCACAAAUCGGCCGACAUUAAAAGUACUGUGAAUGGCGCAAUCCGUUCAGCCUUUGAGUAUGGCGGACAGAAGUGUUCGGCCUGCUCUCGUCUCUAUGUUCCUGACUCGCUGUGGCCUGAGAUCAAAGGCAGACUGCUGGAGGAACACCGCAAGAUCAAAGUGGGAAACGUGAGUGCAGAUUGCCACAUUUCAACCGCUUCUCUCGCUUUUUUCCUGAGCUCAGCAGGAGUCUGAUGGGAUUAGAAAGUGUAUUAGCCCACUGCUAAUUCCUGCUGAACCGACCAUACUCCCAUCUUCUGUCAAGGACUAAAAAAUUUUUUUUUUAAAUCAGCUAGUAAGAAACGCAGGAAGAAUUUCUUGUAAGUUGCCAUUAACUUGAUACGUUAAUUGAAUAGAACUACCCCUUGCAUGUCAGAUAGGACGUGUAACUCUAGAAGCAGAGGCUGUGCUGGGAUUUAACAAAUGUUCCUGCUCUGUCUUUUGAUCCCUGACGUGCCGUUAGGAGCUUUGAACAACGUAUUAAUGAAAUGUUUGAUUCUGAUCCACUCAUCUGGAUUCUGUCUUUAAUUCUCAGCCUGCAGAGGAUUUCAGCACCUUCUUUUCUGCCGUUAUCGAUGAAAAGGUAAGGACGAGUCAGCAACAGCCUAAAAAUGGACCCCUAGAUUUUGAAAAGGUGGCAAGAUAUGACAAAAGAUUAUUUGCAUCUUUGUUUAUUGUCAUUGAAAUAGCUAAACAUUCACCAAAUUUAAGGUUAGAAUAAAUAGGUUUUAUUAAUCUAAAACUGCUUAGUUAAAGUGUAUAACUGAAUUUGUGAUAGUUUAAAUGUUGCAGUUAUAGGAAUGAAUGGCGAGAUUCCUCAGAGUUCAGCUCCUGAGCUGUGUCGGUCAUAAUUGAGCUCAUAUUGCAUUUUCCAAGCAGUUACUAUGGAGGUUACAUAAUAUAUAUUCCAAUUGAAAUGGAGGUUAUAGAAAACACUAAAAUUCUGCCGCUGCCUGUAAGGCAAUAAAAUAGACAGGUCAGAAGAACCGAUGUAUUGGAGAAUAAACUCCCGCUAGGAAGCUCUGACACAAGGCUUUGUUUUCAUUAGGCGUUCAGACGGAUACAGGGCUGGAUAAAGCAUGCAGAGACAUCUCCUAGUCUCACCAUCCUCGCUGGCGGAAAGUGCGAUGAUAAAUUGGGGUACUUCAUAGAACCGACAAUUAUUGAAAGCAAAGAUCCGAAGGAGAAAAUCAUGUCCGAGGUAAAUGUAUAGCAUGCGGAACCCCCUGAUAGAGUACUAUGUAUUGGGGAUUAAAGUACUGCGUGCAGGGGAUCGGAGUACCAGGUAUAAGGGAUCGGAGAACCAGGUAUAAGGGAUCGGAGAACCAGGUAUAGGGGAUCGGAGUACCAGGUAUAGGGGAUCGGAGUACCAGGUACAGGGGGUCUGAUACUGUUAUAUAGAGUGAAUGUAACUGUGCAAUACACCACUAUUGUUGUUAUAUAGAGGGAGUGAUAUAUUUAGGGACUUUUUUUGCCUCUGAUCUAUAGGGUCGCUAAAACACUUAAUAUUUUUUUUUUUUUUUUUGAAACUCAAUUUCCAAUCAUUGCAUGAUGCACAUUUUACCUCUGUUUCUAUGCUACAGGAAAUAUUCGGACCCGUUUUAGCUGUCUAUGUCUACCCAGAAAACCAGUACAGAGAGAUCCUACAUUUAAUAGACUCUACUUCCCCGUACAGCCUCACGGGGGCAGUGUUUGCACAAGAUAAGUAAGUACUGAUUGCUUGUCUUUACCGUUUUCUUUUCAUUACGGAAAGUAAUUCAUUUAUAAUGGGCAUAGUUUCAGUAUUGAACAUCCAAUAUGCUCUGUACGUUGGGAAUGCAGAGCGAGCAAACUGUGCAGAGAAUAGAUUGUAAUUAUGGAGCAGCAUUUCUAGUGUAAAAUUAUUAUUCCAGAUAUUUUCUGGUUUAUUGAAUAACCUAAUCCACGUUCCCUUCAGUGAGCACCGUUACCUGUUGCUAUAUUCUAACACACAAAAUCCAUAGAUCCACUCACCCUUAAACGGUUCCUCUAAGCACCAUAACAGAAUUAGCGCAAAGUUUGUGAUGUAAAAAGAAACCGCCACGAACACCUAUAUCUACCUUUCACUAACACUUAAAGGACCACUAUAGUGCCAGGAAAACAUACUUGUUUUCCUGGCAUUAUGGUGCCCUGAGGGUGCCCCCACCCUCAGGGUCCCCCUCCUGCCGGGCUCUGGGGGGUGGAAGGGGUUAAACUUACCUCUUUCUCCAGUGCCGGGCGGGGAGCUCUCCUCCUCUUCGGCUGAAUGCGCAUGCGCGGCAAGAGCUGCGCGUGCAUUCAGCCAGUCCAUAGGAAAGCAUUCACAAUGCUUUCCUAUGGACGCUGGCGUAUUCUCACUGUGAAAAUCACAGUGAGAAGCGCGGAAGCACCUCUAGCGGCUGUCAAUGAGACAGCUACUAGAGGCUGGAUUAACCCUAAUGUAAACAUAGCAGUUUCUCUGAAACUGCUAUGUUUAUAGAAAAAAGGGUUAAACCUAGAUGGACAUGGCACCCAGACCAUUUUUUCAUUAAGCUGAAGUGGUCUGGGUGCCUAUAGUGGUCCUGUAAUGUAUUUUUUUUUGCAUUAUUGUGAUGUUUCACUUUAUUUUUUUUAAUUGUCAUUUACAUUUCGAUAUUUUUUUUUCCCCUUUAAUCUCACAAACUGAUACAUUUCUGCCACAUGUGACACAGUUCCAUCAGCUAAGUGUAUCUGAGGAAGAAUUAGCAGUUUUCAUGAUUUAUCCUGUUUCACUGCAGGAUUUUUAUUUAUUUAUUUUGAUCUGCGUGACUAGUCCUUAACGUAAAAUACCAACUGUUAGAUGUUCGCUAUUAGUUUACAGACUCCAGAAUAUAUUUACAUGCAGUUUUUUUUUUACGUUUAGGAAUGUCAUCGAUGAGGCGACUCGGCUCCUGCGGAAUGCGGCGGGCAACUUCUAUAUUAAUGAUAAAUCAACUGGGGCAAUUGUAGCUCAGCAGCCCUUUGGAGGUGCACGUGCGUCUGGUGAGUAAUGUACAAUAAAUGAAAGCCCUGUCUAUAUCAUUCUAGCCAAUUUCAGUUUAACAGCUACUUAGAUGCAUACUUGCAAAAACAGAAUAUUCUAGGAUAUAAUCUUUCAAUGUAGGGUAAUAACUGCUUGAUCCAAGGAUAAAUCUGACUGCCAUUCUGGGGUCAAGGAGGAAUUUUUUUCCUAGUUUGUUGCAAAAUUGGAAGUGCUUCAGACUGUUUUUUUUUGCCUUCUUUUGGAUCAACAGCAAAAAACAAAUGUGAGGAAGGCUGAACUUGAUGGACGCAAGUCUCUUUUCAGCAAUGUAACUAUGUAACAUACAAGAUUUGUUUGUUUUGUUUAACCCCUUAAGGACCAAACUUCUGGAAUAAAAGGGAAUCAUGACAUGUCACACAUGUCAUGUCCUUAAGGGGUUAAAGAUAACUUUUUAUCAAUGAAAAUGUAUAUUUAGCAAUAGCUGUAAAAAGUAUAAAAUCUUCUACGAGUAGCUGGAUACAUUUCUGAGAGCUGUGUGUGAGAGUUAUUAGAAAUUGAUUUUAUUUUUAAUAUCACCGUUGGCUGAUGUUGGAGAGAGCAUCAGUUCACUUCUUAGCAGCACAAAUCUUGUUGCCUGGUUCCCUGAUAGGUGGUACUAUUUUUUGACUGAUAGUAAAUAAUAAAGUGCAGUGGUCAUAUAUUCGCAUUCAGAAGGCGAUGAGCUCUGCCUUGAUAAGAUAUGUAACAAUAAGAAUUCCACGCUUGGCUAUGUUUCCCUGUAACACAGGUACCAAUGAUAAGCCUGGGGGCCGACACUAUAUUCUGCGAUGGACGUCACCUCAGGUCAUUAAAGAAACUCAUGUCCCUCUCAAUGAAUGGACGUACCCCUACAUGCAGUGAGGGUAUAAAAUCCACAGCAUCCGGAAGCAGGAGAGAGAUUGAUGGUGACACUGCUGAAACUGAUAGCGAACCGCACCUCUGCGUUAUCACAUGAUUUGCUAGAGGACAACGCCUUGCAGGAAAAAUGAUUUUAAAUGAGCAUGUUUUAAUGUAAAGAAAAAAAAAUAUUUUAACUUAAGAAAAUAUAUAUUUUUAAAAGAAAAGAGCAACACUGAAUUACUUCUGUUAAUGUAGGAAAUCUUUCAUUUGGCAGCAAGAAAGAAAGUCUGUUUUAAAUGUUUUGUGUUCCGAGAGCAAAAUGAGUUUGUUAAUCCCUAUUGGGAUAAAAGAAUUGCAUUGACCCCAAACUAGGCUUCAAAUAAAUCCAAACAAUUGUAUUCUCCAAUAAACGGCCCUCACACGGGGGACGGGGGGAAUAUUAGAUUGCUCUCCCAUUAGUAUUACUGGCAUCAAAAGAGUCAAAAGAGGGUACUUGGCGUGGCGCUAAAAGGUUUAUUCACUAAACAACUCAUUGGAAACAGACAGAUUUGUUUUUGCUUAGAGCGGAUCUAUUUUAACCUUAAUUUCACGUUUAGUGAAUAAUCUCUUGAAUGUAGGAUACAUCUUCCACUUGCUGUGUAAAUCCCGAUAAUGGAAUAAAUGCCGGUAUUUUAGGGGUGAUUUUUUUUUUUUUUAGAUUUUCUUUAUUGAAUAUUGUGCAAUGUUGCCAAACCAAAUACCCCGUAACCUUUUUUUUGUGCCUUCCACCCAGUUUUUAGAAGGGGCAUUUGCACAAUGUGUAAACGCAUUUUAUAGAUGCUGAGUUGGAAAUGUGCAGUGUUCGUAGUGAGCUUGUCUCUCCAUUUAGCCGUCCAUGUCUGCGGUAAUAAUGCAGGAGGUGCGCUGUGAGAUUGUACACACAUUGCACUCUAUCCACGUGGUUUACCGCACAUCAGAAUAAUACAAAGUUGUUCUUGGAAUAUCAAAGUGAAUUCAAAAUUAAACUUACAUUUUAGGUAAAACUAUCCGAGCCAGUUAUGAUCCCAGUUUGGAAAUUUUCGAUUAACAGGGAGCAUGAAGGACAACGCUUUGGCCAAACAUAGAGCCUUCGUCGUGUUAUUAUCCUGGUGUUUGGCCACGACAUUGUCUUUCAUUGUGAGAUUACCUAAAAAAAAGGACAGUUCACAAGGAAUGACGGAGUUUUUAUUUCUAACAGCUGAAUAUACUGGUUUCAUUCACCUUUCCCAGUUACCAGUGCUCACUGUCAUUAUGAUUUAUUUCCAUCAGCCGUUGAUCGUGAUGACUGACGGGAAAAGUUAUCAUGUGGCACAAUGUGUAAAGCUGUAACUGCAUCGGUAUAGCCAUGCUUUAUAUACAAUAUAUAUCUAGUGUCAGUCUUCAUCAAUUCUUCAGGAAGUUUGCACAAUUGACAAAGGAAAUGCUACAUUUAAGCCAAAGUAACUGAACAGAUAUUUUCUAUUUGGGUGAAACGCACAAUUUCGGGAUUAGUGAAGUGCAGCCUUGAAACCACUACCGGUGAACCAAACGAAUCCUGUUACUGAGGCCGAGAAUCGGGUACCGUGGAUCCAGUAAAGAAUGGAAACAAAUUAUAGUACUCUAAAUUUUCUUCCAUAUCUGGGCUCCUCCCCUUUAUUAAUGAACUCUUUACUCAUCGUUAAAAUUACAUGCUGCUACUUCCUAUAAGAGGGAGACCCACCAGGGCUGGCUUCCAUUAACCCCUUCCUUGCUGGUUUUUAGUUAUGUCUAUAGGUUAUAAUUCUUCUCCUGCCUUUUUAAGCAUUAAGUCUUGAUUUUUAGGAAUUCAAUUGUAGCAAGUCUAAAUAACUACUCUGCGUGGAUGCAGAUUCCUUAACAUAAUAUACCAUGUAAAGACCUUCUCAUCAGAAUGACCAGCGGCAGCACUGAAAUGGUUAAGGUCCCUAUGUUCCUCCUGCAAUCAGUGUCUCAGACGCUGAAUACAGUGCUUUAUGAGAUGUCUGUAUUUAUAUUAUUAUUAUAGCCUGGGUUAUCCAUCAGUAGCCUGUCUUCAAAUUCUCGACUCUUGCUAAAAAAGCGGAAGCAAAGUGUCAUCACUCUCUGCCACCAGGAAUGAAAGGAGAUCCGUUUGCACAUUUGGUAAAGUUACAUUAAUUAUUGGAUCUCCAAACCCCAAUUCACACUGAGAGGAAAAAAUAAAUAAAUCAAUAUUGUGUUAUCACAGCCCAUUCUACAGGCUUUUAAAGGGAAAACACUUUUUUUUUUCUUGAAUACCGUAAGGCUUGUUACAUAGUGGUGGGAAAGGAGGCUAAUCGGAAAAAUAUCUCCAUUAUAAACAUUCAAUUCUGGAGGAGGAUGUGCCUUCAUGUAUGGGAUAAUGUUAUUCUGUUAAGUCAAUAUUAAUGGGGCAUUGCAUGGUGUCAUAGAGACCCUCCGCUUCAUAGGAAAAACUUACAGAGUUCCAUCCAGGCCUGGGUGAAACGCGUCAGGUCCCCUCAUAUCUCUAGCUCAUAGAACUUGCCUCCCUAAAUAAAAAAAUAUAUAUUUUAGAUAUUCUCUUUAAUGUUACAAUCCCUGAUUACAUUACACCUUCGCAUUUCACAGUGCAAUGUUACGCUGUGUAAUCAAGGGUAUUUCUGACUUGAUUCACUCAGACCUGUUAAUGCUUGGAGUGGCUCGGUACCUGGGACUGCAACUCUUUCACACAUUAAUUAAUUUUAUGUUAAUUUGUACGGUUUUAAGACAGAAUGUACUGAGGCGAACACUGGACAUGUAUUAAUCUCCGCUAAUAAAAACUUUAUUUCUCAAU